CUGCCCGCCCGACGCCACUCUGCGUUGCCGGAGCCGGCAGCCGGGCGGAAGCGGCGCUGGGCGGAAGUGAGGGCCGGGGCCAUAGAGAGCGGCGCGACGCGGGCCAGAGCGGCGCUGCGGGGAGGUUUGGUUUUGGAGCACAGAGACCAGAUGGUGUGGAACAGGAACCACUUAACUUCCCACAAUGCCCUUUUCUGACUUUGUCUUAGCCCUGAAGGACAACCCAUACUUUGGGGCUGGGUUCGGCCUUGUCGGGGUGGGCACAGCUCUGGCAUUUGCCCGUAAAGGGGCCCAGUUUGGGCUGGUGGCUUUCAGGCGCCAUUAUAUGAUCACCUUGGAGGUGCCUAGCAGUGAUAAGAGCUACCACUGGCUGCUGAACUGGAUCUCCCACCAUGCCAAGCACACGCAGCACCUCAGCGUGGAGACAUCAUACCUGCAGCAUGAAAGCGGGCGCGUCAGCACCAAAUUCGACUUCGUGCCUAGCCCUGGGGACCAUUUCAUCUGGUAUCGCAAGAAGUGGAUCCGCAUUGAGCGCAACCGGGAGAAGCAGAUGAUCGACCUGAACACGGGCACCCCCUGGGAGUCUGUGACCUUCACUGCGCUGGGCACCAACCGCGAGAUCUUCUUCAAUAUCCUGCAGGAAGCCCGGGAAUUGGCACUGCAGGAGCAGGAGGGGAAGACAGUCAUGUACACGGCCAUGGGGGCAGAGUGGCGGCAGUUCGGUUUCCCCCGCCGCCGCCGGCCCCUCAGCUCUGUGGUGCUGGAGGAAGGUGUGUCGGAGAGGCUGGUCCAGGAUGUGAAGGAGUUCAUCAGCAACCCCAAGUGGUACAGCGACAGAGGAAUCCCCUACCGAAGAGGCUACCUGCUAUAUGGUCCUCCUGGCUGCGGGAAAAGCAGUUUCAUCACAGCCCUGGCCGGGGAGCUGCAGUACAGUAUCUGCCUGCUGAGCCUCAGUGACCGCAGCCUCUCUGAUGACCGGCUCAAUCACCUCCUGAGCGUGGCGCCACAGCAGAGCAUCAUCCUGCUGGAGGAUGUGGAUGCUGCCUUCAUCAGCCGGGACCUUGCUGCUGAGAACCCGACUGCAUACCAAGGCAUGGGGCACCUGACCUUCAGUGGCCUCCUCAAUGCACUGGAUGGUGUGGCCUCCACAGAGGCCAGGAUUGUCUUCAUGACCACUAACUACGUGGACAGGCUGGACCCAGCGCUGGUGCGGCCCGGCCGUGUGGAUCUUAAGCAGUAUGUGGGCCAUUGCUCCCACUGGCAGCUCACCUGCAUGUUCCAGCGCUUCUACCCUGAACAGCCGCUGGCUGCGGCGCAGCGCUUUGCGGAGCAGGCGCUGGAGGCCUCGAAACAGAUCAGCGCUGCUCAGGUGCAGGGCCACUUCAUGCUCUACAAGAUGGACCCUGAAGGAGCCAUUUCAAACAUACGCUCCAUCCUGCUGUGAUCAGAGGCCAGCUUUCCCCUGCCACACUGAAAGGACUGGGACAAGGAUGUGACCAUCCUGGGAUGCCAUGAAGCUGCCGAGCCAUGCAGGCCAGGUCUCUGUUCACCUCUACCCAUCCAAUGCCUUGGCUUUUUAUUAAAACAUGAGAGGCAGAGCUGCCAGCCUUGCAGCAGGGAGAGGAAAUCUCCCAUAAACUGCCAGGGCUCCUGGAUGUUAAUCCCCUUGGGUGCAGAGCAGCGUGGGGGGUGCCCCAGGAGGUAUUCCUUGGGGCAGGACAUUGGAGUGCUGGACUGCUAAAGAGCUCCUGGUCUUUUACGGAACAAGUCUUCACUGGUUUGUGAAUAUCCUUUGUGAAGUGCUCAACAUGGCUCUUGGCUCUCUGGUCCCUU